AUGUCUGAGCCCAAGCCAGAGCCUGAGCAUGAACCUAAGCCUAAGCCUAAGCCUAAGCCUAAGCCUAAGCCUAAGCCUAAGCCUAAACCUAAGCCUAAGCCUAAGCCUAAGCCUAAGCCUAAGCCUAAGCCUAAACCUAAGCCUAAGCCUAAGCCUAAGCCUAUGCCUGAGACUGAGCCUAAACCUAAGCCUGAGCCUAAGCCCUUAGCUAGAGAAUGA